AUGUCGUCCGUCAAUCGGAAGUGCGGCAUGUUCACGGCCAAGGUGGAACGUGUGGACGGGGAGGUGUGUGAGGUGGAUUACGAGGGUUUGCGCCUUACGGACGUGCGUUUGCGCGCCGUGGUAAACGGGGAGGAGAGCGGCGUUAUGCUGACACCGAAGGUGGGCAGCUAUGUGACGGUGGCCGACCUCGGAGGCGAUAUGACCCAGCUGGUGGUGAUAGCCUUCAGCGAGGUGGAUAGUGUGGAUGUGACCACCGUAGGCGAGAUACACCUGAACGGUGACAGCUUCGGAGGCCUCAUCCGGAUAGAGGAUCUGGUGGGUGUCCUGAGGAACAUUGUGGAGACAUUCAACACCCAUACGCACACAGUGGCCAAUGGAGUGACAGCCGUACCAGAACUCCCAAUGAAUACCAUAUACAGAAAUGAGAACGGAAAUGCAGUCAUCAGCAAUGGACAUCUUACACUGGGUGACAACCGGAUGCAAUGCGUCCAGCAACUGAUUGGAGCGUACACUGGAGAAUACAAGCACGCACCAAUACUUGGAGGUAAUGCUGGAAGGAUGCUGUCAGGCAUCCCGGAUCCGUUUUGGGCUGGCGAUGUGCGGAAGCAGCUUGACAAAUGUGGCAUUGGUGUAAAAAGCAUCCGUGUGGAUGGAGAGAUAAUGGAUAGCAUGAAGGCGGAUUUCGUAAGGAGUUCCGCCAUGCGGGACCUGUAUGGUCUUGAUGACUAUGAAUCCGAUAUGGAUGCGGUGGAACUUGCAUCCUAUUACGAUUCGAAAUUCAGCACGGUGAGCAUUGAGACGUGCAUCAUGUUGGUGGUUGCGACUUGUGCUGCAGCCGUUGAAAACAUGAUGGACUGGUUCAAGGAAGACGUGUCAAAAGUGGUAGAUUCAGAAAGAUAUGGCCACAGCGGUUGGUACGUGAAGGUUGCCAAGGCGUUCCAAUACCAGGAUGGAGAUGGCACAGACUACAAUUUGGAUACGGAUAGUGGGACCUAUUCCGUCAUAGAUGAGGAAGCGCGGAUUGUGAAGCACGCCUCAUGCGAUAACCGUGGAUACGGGGUCCGUCUGAAAGUUGCCAAGGAUAGCAAUGGAGCUUUGUCUCCUCUAUCGAACAACGAGAAGUCGGCAUUUGAGAGUUACAUCAACCGUUUGAAACCUGCCGGCAUACCGGUGCAGGUUAUUAGCCGUAAUGCUGAUGUAUUGAAACUUGUCAUGUCGGUGUAUUAUGACCCCAUCAUCUUCAAUGCCUCAAGCGCACUUGAUAGAGUGAAGUCGGAGGUGAACGCAUAUCUGAGCAGCAUUGAUUUCAAUGGUGAGUAUGUGACCAUGAAGAUGGUUGACAGGUUACAGUGCGUUGGAGGGUUGGACAUCAUAGAGGUUGACGAGGCGUAUGCCAAACAUGAGGGUUACGGCUAUGUUCGGAUAGAAAAUGACAGCAGAUAUGUUCCGGAAUCUGGAUAUAUGGUGCUGGCGGAUGAUUCAGAACUUGAAAUCAAUGCGAUUGCCCAUGUAUAA